AUGUUUGUUUUAUUGAUUUUAGUAUUUAUUUAUCUAUCAUCAGCUAGUAAAUCAGAUGAAUCAGAAAGCCCAGCCAAGGAUUACAUAAAACUAGUUGAAUUUUCCAAUUUUGCAGCUGUUGGGUACUGUGUUAAUAGAGGACUUGCGAAGGGCCGACUUGGAGAUAAGGAUUCCAAUUGUGCUUUGUUGGCUUGUAAGAAUGAUUUUCUUGCAGAUGUUGAAAUUAUUAAAAUAUUUGACUUUAAUCGUCUUAAUGAAGUUGGAACGGGUUUUUACGCAUUGGAUAACAACAGAAGGGCAAUUAUCUUGGUAUUCAGAGGUUCAGUUUCCCGACGCGAUUGGGCAACCGACAUGGAUUUCAUCCCAACAUCAUACAAACCAAUUGUUUAUGAAGAGAACUUUGGAUGUGAACCAUAUAUUCUGACUGAGUGUAAUAAUUGUCGGGUACAUCGUGGAUUUUACAACUUUUUAAAGGAUAAUUCUGCUGCAAUCAUUACAGAAGGGAUUGCAUUGAAAGAAGAAUAUCCAGAUUAUCAAUUUUUGAUUAUUGGCCAUUCGUUGGGUGCAGCAUUGACCAUGUUGAGUGGGAUUGAAUUUCAACUAUUGGGCUAUGACCCGUUGGUGGUAACGUACGGUGGUCCGAAAGUGGGAAACCAAGAAUUUGCUGAUUUUACUGAUAAAUUAUUUGAUACGGAAGAGGUUCAUAAUGAGAUAACAUCGAGUAAUGAUUUUUCAAGAGGUUUCAUUAGAGUGGUUCAUCGACAUGAUAUAAUACCACUAUUACCACCAAUGUUUAGUCACGCGGGAUACGAAUACUUUAUUGACAAAAGAGAUUUACCACAUGAAGAGUGUGAUCUUGACAGACGGGGAAUGGAAUACUCGGGGAUAUUCAAGAGAGCGCUGACAAUAAAACCUUCUAUAUUAUGGCCCGAUAAAUUGGGGAAGUAUGAACAUACACAUUAUUUUAGAAGAAUCACUAGUUGUAGAGACGACGAUUAA